CCGUCAACCCUUUAGCACCGUAACCCGCUUAUCGCCAUCGUCACUUGUUAACUACAACUUCUUAAUUAAACACCUUCACAAAAACUCAUAUUCCACCUAUCAAAAUGACUGGAGGCAAAUCUGGAGGCAAGGCCAGCGGCAGCAAGAACGCCCAAUCCCGCUCGUCUAAGGCCGGUCUCGCCUUCCCCGUUGGUCGUGUCCAUCGUCUGCUCCGCAAGGGCAACUACGCCCAGCGUGUUGGUGCCGGUGCUCCCGUUUACCUCGCUGCCGUCCUUGAGUAUCUCGCCGCCGAAAUCCUUGAAUUGGCUGGCAACGCCGCUCGCGAUAACAAGAAGACCCGUAUCAUCCCUCGUCACCUUCAGCUCGCCAUCCGCAACGAUGAGGAACUGAACAAGCUUCUGGGUCAUGUCACUAUUGCCCAGGGUGGUGUCCUCCCCAACAUCCACCAGAACCUUCUGCCCAAGAAGACCCCCAAGAGUGGAAAGGGCCCGGGAAGCCAGGAGCUGUAAACAAUUUCUUUCUAAUUUGGGUUCUCUGAUUCGGCGCGGUUUGGUUCUCUUAUUGAUGUGAUAACGGGGUUCUGGUCGGAACGUUUAUGGCUCUGCGUUUUCUUUUUCUAGUUUCCACAGUUUAUGGUUGUACAUUAUGUCUACGGGCAUGGAAUGAUACCGACAGCAUUUUCACGGAUUCAAUUUUCUAUCCUAGUCAAGACUCGUGUAAGGAG